UGCUUUGCGACCUGCCAAAUUAACACCAAGAAGGAGAAACUAAGAAGUAGCCCUAGAAGAAGAAGCCGCCCUGUCACACAGUGCGCAAAUGCGCAUCCAGCAGCACGGACCUCCGGUGGACACCGAUAAAACUAACACUUCCAGGCUGGGAAACGAUACGUUAGGGCGGAAGAGAAAACUGCGCUCGAGCGGGAAGACAGAACCGAAGGGUAACGUCUGUGACACGGCAGCGACCAUGGUGGGCGAACGCCGCAAUGGGAACCUGCUGGUCCAGCUGGGCCCACGUCUGCAGGCCUAUCCAGAGGAGCUGAUCCGCCAGCGCCGUAACCACGACAACCAGACCGAGUACUUGAUCCGCUGGUGCCUCGUCACCCUCGACGACGGCUCCGGAUCUGGGGGCGGAGCCAGCGAGGGGGGCGGGGCCGGCGGCGGUGGCGGCUCGGGGUCGGACGGCUCCGGUAGCUCUGCGUCCGGGGAAAGCAAACCAGAGAACAUCCUGAUGUGGAUGACCACGGAGGACGUGUACGCCAACUGUCCCACGCUGCUCGGGAAACGGAAAACAGACGCACAGCGCUCACAGGACUCGCUGCACGGAGAGGCCUCACACGGGGGACAGAGUCAGAGGAGUGGCGGCGAGUUUCCCCCGGACGUCACGUUCGACGAGGUGGAGCUGUCGGACAUGAAGGAGGACGUGAAGAACCUGGUGCAGCGAGCCAGAAAGCAGAUGGCCAAGAAGAGUGACUUCUCCAUCAGCAUCACGCACACCAUCCACGUGCUGAGCGCCUACGCCAGCAUCGGCUCGCUGGUCAGCGUCUUCAAGGAGACGGGCGCUCUCAACCUGCUGAUGGAGCUGCUCUGCAACAAGGAGACGCAGACCAGACGCAGUGCUGGGAAGAUGCUACGGGCACUCGCCUCGCACGACGCAGGAAGUCGUGCGUACGUCCUGCUGUCUCUCAGUCAGCAGGACGGCAUCGAGCAGCACAUGGACUUUGAUAACCGCUACACUCUGCUGGAGCUGUUCGCUGAGACCACGUCCUCAGAGGAGCACGGCAUCUCCUUCGAGGGGAUUCACCUGCCACAGAUUCCUGGGAAGCUGCUGUUCUCGCUGGUGAAGCGUUACCUGUGCGUGACGUCCCUGAUGGACAAACUGAACACGGCGGGCGCCGAGUCUCUCGGUGACAGACCGGACGCCAGCCCCUCCCCCUGCACCACCGCCCACCAGGCCGAACACCUGCGCGUGCAGCGUGAGUUCGACUUCACCAUGGCGAUGGCCAACCUGAUCUCCGAGCUGGUCCGCGUGAUGGGCUGGGACCGGAACCGCCAGCCGCCAGAUGGCUCCGCCCACAACGACUGCGGAGGGGGCGGGACCUGCGGCGAGGAUCUGGGAGAGGACGUCGCCCGGCCUGUCCUCAGGUCCAUCUUCCAGCCUCGUUUCUGUACCUCUCCUGUCGUUCUCGCCGCCACGUCUAACCUUCCUGCUCCCGUCCCCGCGGUGGUCGCGGCGGCCGCCUCCACUCCACCGAAAAAGAAGACGGGAAACGGAUUCAAAUCUCGCUCUGACUUCGCCAGCCGCUCGGCCUACGUGGAGUACGUGCAGGACAACCUGAAGAGCGGCAUGAUGGUCCGCAUGCUGGAGGACUACGAGGAGGUGAGCGCCGGAGACGAGGGAGAGUUUCGCUAUAGCAACGACGGCUCGCCGCCCGUUCAGGUGUACUGGAACUCCCUGUCCAGGACCUACUGGGUCCACUGGCACAUGGUGGAGAUCCUGGGCAGCGGCAGCAGCACUCAGGCUGAGAAGGAGUCGCAGGAGAAGGCGUCCACCCUGACGGAGACACUCAAACUCACCGCUGUGAGUCAGACCUUCUUCUCCAAGCCGCCCGGCGGCCUCUACUCGCUGCCGUACCUGUCGGAGCGUCUGCACCUGGAGCCGCCCGCGCUGAGUCGCGCCGAGUGGUGGGAGAUCCUCUUCUUCAUCAAGAAACUGGAAAUCAAACAGCAGCAGGAAGUCAACAGCAUGCUGCUGCAGAGCCUCGAGGACCAGGAGGCGGAGCUGGACGACUCGUCUCUGAUUGGUCUGUCAGUCCCCGGAGACGUGGCGAAGAAGCUGCUCCACUUCCUGAAGCAGAAUCUGCCGUCGUGGUGUCUGGGAGACCUGCUCUGUUCUCACGCCUUCUCCAAGCACUACCUGAAGAGAGGGGGGGGCAGUCUGGAGGACCAGGAGCUGCUGGCUGAAAGCUCUCUGGGUUCGUCCGGCCUGGCAGGCGGAGGGCAGAACUCGUCCUCUUCAUCGUCGGCCUCCACCUCGUCUUCCUCGGCGAUGGGCUCCGUCUCCAAGAAAGCCAAGAAGGAACUUCCUGUUGUGGACUCGGGCUGCGGCAGCCCAGAGACGGAGAACGAGCUGCCGUCAGAGGACGACAGCAAAUACCCCGACGACCUGGACGACAAGAUGAAAGUGUUCAACUCCCCGCGGGUGCAGGGGAAGAAGACGGUGCUGGAGAAGCUGGGGGAGGUGGUGGACAUCCUGAGGAAGGGGGGCACGGGGGGGUCGGAGCAGCUGGCCGCGGUCCUCUUCAUCAACCGGCUGCUGGAGGAGAAAGGCACGCAGGAGAAGAACUCCAUGAGGAGCGACUCGGCACAGACCAUACGGGACAAGGUGUUGAAGCUGCUGGUGGAGUUGCUGGGCUCGUCCUCCAGAGAUCUGGUGAUCGGCACGCUGAGACUCACUCACCUCCUCAUGCUGAAGUACGAGUGGAGGGUUUCCUUCGCCACCGAGGGCGGAGUCAAGGCCGUGCUGUCCUGCAUGCAGGAGUUCUCCACCGUCACGCACGUCCAGCAGCUGGCGCUCGCAACUCUGAAGGUCAUCACUGGAGCGAGUAAACACGACCUUCGCAGCGUCGGCAGCAGCGUGCCGCUCUCCGAGUCCGGCACUCAGAUGAUGUUGGAGAUCUUCGCCAGCAUCGGCUCGGCCACGCCCGAAGGCUCCAAGGGGCUGCUGGGAGCCGUCCCCGCCGCCAUCGACCUCAUGCUCCAGACUAAAGGCUGCAUGCUGUCGGUGCGUAACGGCCUGCUCGUCAUCAUCAUGCUCAUCUCCAACCACAAGAGCCUGGCGGAGCAGCUGGUGGCCGCCGACGUCACCGCCGUCCUCAAGAAGUGUCUGACUCUGUCCAGAGCCGAGACCAUGCUCGCCAUCAUCGCACUCAACCACAUCUCCAUGGUGCACAAGCUGGAGAGCAAAGAGUGUCGAGAGCAGCUGGACUUUAAGGACACGGAGCUGCAGAUGUUGGUGGUGAGUCUGAAGGAGCUGGCGGCCACUAAAGAGGUGAUCCAGACUCUGGAGCAGCUGCUGUGUGACGACACCUCACAGCUAGAGGACCAACGCAGCCAGGUGACCCACAGUCGAGACACGUAUCAGGAUCUGGUCCGUCUGAUAGAGCAGCACCGAGCCGACCGGGCCGUCCAGCUCUCCAUCCUCAGGAUCCUGAACAAGUUCCUGGACAACUACGAGGAGGACGUGCUCCCGUGGCACGAGAGCAUCGAGCCCUGCCUGUCCUCCAUGACGGCCUUCAUCAGCGACAGAGAGGUGGUGCAGCUGUUUAUCCGCUUCCUGUACCGGCUGGCGUCCCUGAACAAAGACUACGCGGUGGUGAUGUGCCGGCUGGGGACCAAGGACGCUCUGGGCAAAGCUCUGGACAAACACAGCACCAGCCUGCUGCUGCUCACCGAGCUCAGAGACCUCAUCACCGACUGUGAGAAGUACGCCAGCCUCUACAAGAAGAUGACCACCAGCGUGCUCGCCGGAUGUAUCCAGAUGGUGUUGGGUCAGAUCGAGGAGCAUCGUCGCAGCCAUCAGCCAAUCAACAUCCCUUUCUUCGACGUGUUCCUCAGGAAUCUCUGCCAAGGCUCCAGUGUGGAGCUGAAGGAGGAUAAAUGCUGGGAGAAGGUGGAGGUUUCGUCCAAUCACCAUCGAGCUAACAAGCUGACCGACAAAAACCCCAAAACCUACUGGGAGUCCAACGGCUGCACCGGCUCACACUUCAUCAACAUCUACAUGCACAAAGGAGUCGUCAUCAGACAACUGGCCAUCCUGGUGGCCAGCGAGGACUCGAGCUACAUGCCGGCCCGGGUUCUGGUUCUGGGAGGAGACGACCCGACCAACAUCAACAGCGAACUCAACACGGUCAACGUGACUCCGUCAGCCACGCGGGUGGUGCUCCUGGAGAACCAGACCCGGUUCUGGCCCAUCAUCCAGAUCAGAGUUAAGAGAUGUCAACAGGGUGGUAUUGACACGCGGGUCCACGGUUUUGAGGUUCUGGGUCCAAAGCCGACAUUCUGGCCGGUGUUUAAGGAGCAGCUGUGCUGCCGGACCUUCCUGUUCUACAGCACCAAGGCCCACACCUGGUGCCAGGAAGUGAUGGAGGACCGCACGCAGCUGCUGCAGCUCUUCAACAAACUGAACAGUGCUCUGAGACACGAGCAGAUGUUUGCAGAUCGUUUCCUGCCAGACGCCGAGGCAGCUGAAGCUCUGGGCCGGACCUGUUGGGAGGCUCUGAUCACCCCGAUAGUCCACAGCAUCACACUGUCAGAAUCCUCGGCGCCCAGCCCUCUGUCCUGGCUGCUCAGUGAGUACCUGGAUAACGCCGAGUCGGCCCGCCGCUGUAAAAGCCGGGCGGCCAUCUUCAACUCCAGAGUGAGACGCCUCACACACCUGCUGGUCCACGUGGACACAAGCCGGCCGGACGGCGAGGAGCUCAAACCCCCGGUCAAAUCAAAAGGUCUCAACGGCAGCAAAGAGCUGAAGAACAGUAAAGACGGUAAAAACAAAGAGACGGCCGCGGCCUCUUCUUCCUCGUCAUCCAGCCAAGCCAAGCCCAAAGUGAAGAGCAGCAGCAGCAUCGCAGGCAUCGCCCUCUGCUGGCAGGGAGUGGUACAGAGACAGGUGAAGAAGUUUCUGGAGUCGAGCUGCAGUCUGCCAGACUUCGUGGAGCGUUACCGGACUCUGUACCUGCGGCUGAAGAACGCCAUGGAGGAACUGUUUGGACAGCAGACCGCCUUCGUCCUCGCUCUGCGGCACGGCUUCUCAGCCGCGCUGCUGCACCUCUCCAUCCUCAGAGCCAUGCACGUGAGCGAGCGCUUUGCUCAGUACAUCGACCAGAUGAUCCAGGCGAGCGGAGUGGCGUCCGGCAGCGUGGAGACUCUGGAGCGGCUGAAGCAGUUUCUGGAGCCGAUGCUCUUCCUGUCGGGCCUGGAGCUCGCCAGCACCUUCGAACACUUCUACAGGUACUACCUGGGCGACCGUCUGCUGUCUCAGGGGAACGUGUGGUUGGAGAGCGCCGUGAUCGAUCACAUCGGCAGCUGCUUCCCGAGUCGCUUCCCUCAGCAGAUGCUGAAGAACCUGAGUGAGUCGGCCGAGCUACAGCAGGAGUUCCACCUGUACCGCCUGCAGCAGCUGGACCGCUGCCUUCAGGAGCACGACCAGAUGAUGGAGGAGGAGUGGGCCGAGACCGAGGAGGAGGCGGAGGUCCAGGUUCUGGUUCUGUCCCCCCGCUGCUGGGCCGUGUCCUCGCUCUGCUUCCUGGAAGAACCCGCAAACCACUUUCCAUCUGAGCUCUGCUCCUACCUGAACCAGUUCACCCAGUUCUACACACACAGUCAGUCCAUGUAUGGUCUGAGUCACUCUAAGCCCCGGCGUCUCCAGUGGACGUGGCUGGGUCACGCUGAGCUGCAGUUCGGCUGCUGGACGCUGCACGUCUCCACGCUGCAGAUGUUCAUCCUGCUGCAGCUCAACAGCCACGAGGAGGUCAGAGUGGACGCUCUGCUGCAGGCCACAGGCCUGUCGGCCGCCGUGCUGCUGCACGCUCUGCUGCCGCUCAUCACUGAGGACGGACCGCUGACCUGCAGCUGUCCAGAGGACCCCAGUCAGGGUGUGUUGCGGUUGAACCAGCAGGUGGCGUCCCGCAGUGUGUCCGGCGUCGCGGCGUGCGUCCAGCUGCUGCCUCGCCAGACGUACCUGAACGUAGACGAGGACGCCGCUGGCACGCUGGAGAGGAAGAGGAACUACGUCUACUGUCUGAUCGUCCACAUCAUGAAGCAGGAGAAGGAGAUGCACAUAGACAACCUCGUCUUCAAGGUCCUGGACUCGUGUCAGAAGCAGGAGGCGUCCCGGUCCCCGGGCUCGCCGGGCGCCGGCCGGUUCAGCUGCAGCACCAGCGACGUGCUGUCCUGCAUCAUGCACGUCAUCAGCAAGGGCUGCGUCCGACGCAACGACGACAACCCGCACAUUGUGGAGUUCCUGCCGGAGGACCCGUCCACGCCGCAGAAAGGCCAGGCCCAGUUCUCCUUCAGCGGCGCCGGCAGCCGGACGGACGCCGACAGCAGUCUGAUGUCGGCACCGCGGCAGUUUGAGGACGGCGUUCUGGACACGGUUCUGUUCUCGAUGGGCCGGACGAUGACGCAGGAGGAAGUCCGUCAGCUGAUGCAGCAAACCGUCCAACAGGUGUCGGGGACUCUGAGUCUGGACCUGGACCGGGCUGAGCACCUGCUGGCCCACUGUAAGUGGAACGUGGACCUGUUGGUGCAGCGCUACACGGACGACGCCGACGCCCUCAUCAUGGCCGCUGGGCUACGCUCCAGAAACCCCCAGCCCCCGCCUAGCCCCACCCCCACCUGCCCCGUGUGCCUGGGCCCCCGCAGCGUCGCCAUGGAGCCAGUCCCCGCGCUCAGCUGCAUGCACUACUGCUGCCAGUCGUGCUGGCAGGAGUACCUGACAGCGAGGAUUGAACAGAACCUGGUGAUGAACUGUAACUGUCCAAUCACAGACUGCCAGGCUCAGCCCACCUCGCUCUUCUUCCUCAGCAUCCUCACCGACAAGGACACCAUCGCCAAGUAUGAGAAUGCCUUGCUCCGAGGCUACGUGGAGUGCUGCUCCAACCUGACGUGGUGCACCAACCCUCAGGGCUGCGAUCAGAUCCUCUGCAAGGAGAACAUGGGCAGCAUGGGGACCUGCAGCAAGUGCUGCUGGGCCUCCUGCUUCAGCUGCAACUUCCCCGAGGCCCACUACCCGGCCAGCUGCAGCCACAUGUCUCAGUGGAUGGACGAUGGAGGAUAUUAUGAAGGGAUGAACAUGGAGGCUCAGAGCAAACACCUCGCCAAGCUCAUCUCCAAACGCUGCCCCAGCUGCCAGGCUCAGAUCGAGAAGAACGAAGGCUGCCUGCAUAUGACCUGUGCCAAGUGUAACCACGGCUUCUGCUGGCGCUGUCUGAAACCAUGGAAACCAACACACAAAGAUUACUACAACUGCUCCGCCAUGGUGAGCAAAGCAGCGCGGCAGGAAAAGAAGUUCCAGGAUUAUAACGAGCGAUGCACCUUCCACCACCAGGCCAAGGACUUCGCCAUCAACCUGGAGAACAAAGUGGCGUCCAUCAACGAAGCUCUGCAGAUGAAGUCUCUGACCUUCGUCAUCGACGCCUGUAAAGUCCUCGCUCAGGGGCGCAAGGUGCUAGCCUACUCAUGCGUCUACAGCUACUACAACCAGGAGACGGAGAAGAUGGACGUGAUGGAGCAGCAGACAGAGGCUCUGGACCUGCACACCAAUGCUCUGCAGAUCCUGCUGGAGGAGACGCUGCUGCAGUGCACGGACCUGGCCUCGUGUGUCCGUCUGCUGAAACCUGAACACCUCAACACCGGACUGGAACUGAUCCGACGCAUCCAAGAACGCCUGCUGGCCAUCCUGCAGCACUCCACCCAGGACUUCAGGGUGGGCUAUCAGUCUAAGAGUGGCCAGGAUCCAGACUCCACUCAGGCCUGCAACCUGUCCAACAACACCAACACCAACAAAGUGGCGAAGGCUGAGCGUGCGUCGGAGUCCGGCGACUCGGACAACAACAACUACGCCGGCGAGGAGGGCGGCGAGGAGGCGGAGGACGAGGAUGACGAAUACGACGAGGAGUACGUCCCCGAGUGGCACGAAGACUACGACGAAGACGACAUCGACGAGGACGACUUCUUCUCCGACGAUGACGAGUCAGAGAACCUGGAGAGAGAGUUCAGCCCCUUCGACUGAACGCACACACACACACACACACACACACACACACACACACACACACACACAGACAC